AUGAAUUUACCGAAAGUAUUUCGGCACGCCAAAAUACUUUCGGUAGGAAACCUUAGGCCUGUAUUUAAACAAUCCCCUAUAUUGCUUCUGAUUCAACCAUUACAUAACGAAACACACUUCCGGAGUACGUUCAGCUGGAAUAAACAUCCACUUUCGACUUAUUCCCAAUCUUUGUACAGUUUAAAAUCAAAGUCGCACGCAGCAAAUCUCAGCUUAAAUUCGUCGGAGGGCUCUGAUAGUGGAUCGAAAAAUAACGGCCAACAGGGAGAAAGUGGCGAUGGUGGUGGUAAUCAAAAUAAUUCGAACAGUAAUAACAAUGCGGAUAAUCCUGGAAAUGGAAAUAAAGGUGAUGGGUCGGGAAAAGGCGGUGAUGGGUCAGGAAAAGGUGGUGAUGGGUCAGGAGACAACACUUCUCGAUCACCGUUUGAGAAUAUUCAUAGAACUUUGCACAUUUUGGAAACAACUUUGCAAAGACCUUCUAUACCAGAAGUAUAUCCGCAAGUUUUGGCACUUCCUAUUGCUCGGCGACCUCUUUUCCCUGGAUUUUACAAAGCUGUCGUGAUUAAAGAUCCACAUGUCACAGCCGCUGUAAAGGAGUUAAUGAAGCGUGGGCAACCUUAUGUUGGCGCAUUUCUACUUAAAGAUGAAGAAUUAGAUGUAGAUACGAUUACAGAUAUUGCACAAGUGUAUAAAGUUGGUGUAUUUUCCCAAAUUACGAGUGUUUUUCCAGCUAACGGUGGUCAUGAUGAAAAUUCAUUGACUGCUGUCUUGUAUCCUCAUCGACGCAUUCGUAUCAAUGAACUAUUACCACCUUUACCAGCCAGUGUUUCUGAAGCUGAAAUAAUUUCACAGCCAGUACAGCAAGCUUCUGAAACGAGCGCUAAUAAAGAACCCGAACCACAAUACGCUACAUCUUUUCUUGAAGAUUACAAUGUCUCGCUAGCAAACGUUGAAAAUCUCAAUGAUGAACAGUAUAAUAGAAAAAAUCAAGUAAUUCGAGCAAUAACGUCAGAAAUUGUAGCAGUUUUCAAAGAUAUAGCAACAUUGAAUCCACUUUUCCGUGAUCAAAUUGCAAAUUUUUCCAUGUCUCAAGCUGCUGGUAAUGUUUUUGAAGAACCUGCAAAACUUGCUGAUUUUGCAGCUGCUGUUUCAACGGGAGAACCAAACGAAUUACAAGAAGUCUUAGAAAGUUUGGUUAUUGAAGAGCGUUUACAAAAAGCUUUACUUGUUCUAAAAAAAGAACUAGUCAAUGCCCAAUUACAAAGCAAAAUUAGCAAAGAAGUUGAAUCUAAAAUUGCAAAGCGCCAAAGAGAAUACUAUUUAAUGGAACAAUUGAAAGGAAUCAAAAAAGAAUUAGGAAUUGAAUCAGAUGGCAAGGAUAAACUCAUUGAAAAGUUCAAAGAAAAGGCAGAUAAACUCGCUAUGCCUGAUAAUGUUAAGAAAGUUUUCGAUGAGGUAAAUUCAAUUUAUCUUGUACAAAAUUUGUAUGUGACAUAG